AUGGCUAAGACAUCCGUAGAUACAAUCGUAAUAGUUAUUGUUAAGCAAUUUAUUCUUUUAUUAAUUCACUAUAGCUCCCAUAACAAAGAUGAUGAUAAGGAAGAUUCUUUGCAAAGAAAGCAUUUCCCACAAUUCCAGAGCAAGAAGAAUAAAUUAUUCAUCCCUCAAUAUUUUGGUAUUAGAAAAAACUCUAGUAACUCAAUGACGUUUGCUAAUCAUGCAAAAAUAAAACCAUCAGCUAGUUUCCAGCUAGAUACGCAAAUGAUAAUCCCUAUGGUCAUAUUUUGUUCCUAUCGGCCUGAAUAUACGGUUAAGCUAAUCGAUUCUUUGAAGAAUUUACAAUUCCUCAACCCUCAAACACCAUGCUUAUUUGUCUUGCAUAAAAGUCCCAAAGUUACAGAAGAAAGUGUGAAAGGGAUGAAUGAUUUAUUAAACAAAAUUGACUUUUGCAAAGUAAUCAAGUGGAGAGUGAUUGAUUUGAGUAAGAAUCGAACGUCAAAAGCGUUUAAAAUGCAUUGGUAUAAGGUUGUGGCUAAAGUAUUUGAAGAUCGAGAUAUAUUCCAUUUGGGGCAAGUAUACAGGAAAGACGUGAUAUUUUUAGAAGAUGAUAUAAUAUUAUCACCUGAUGCAAUUAAAGUAUUUUCUUACGGGAUUCAAGUUAAGAAAUCUCGACAAAGGGUUAUUGCAGUUGGACUAGGUGGAUGGUCGGGUGAAAACCUAAUCAACGCACACCCAGAUACUUUCGAUAUUCGUUACUCAGCUUUUUUUCCGUCAAUGGCCUAUGCAUUUAAUGCUUCUUUCUGGAAAACGAUUAAAACAUCAAAAUUUCUAAAAAUACCGAAUAAUGACUGGUCUGAAUCACUGGGGCUUAUUAUCAAUAGAUUUAUUAACCCACGGCCAUUGUUUUUGCUUCCUACAUUAGGUCGUCUAUGGCAUGUGGGUAAAGCAGGUUUAGGAUUACGUGGUGAUGGAUCAAUCAGGCGUGAUGUCCAAAUUGCUGCACAUUGGUUAAAAUCUCCACGAUUAAUUAACUUGGAAACUGCCUCUGUAAAUACUGGUAUUCGGGAUAUUUUUGGUUUUGUAUGUAAAGAAUCGGAAUUGAGAAACAUUUUCACGAUGCGAUGUCUCUGUCCACAAUCUUAUCAACGUUUUCCACCCGAUAGACGAUUUGAAAUUGUGUGCUAUCAAUUUGGCAAUUAUAUCCGCGAUCCUUGCUUAAAAAAGUUUCCUUUUCUUUACCGAGAUGAAAGUCAAUGGUCGUGA